AGCCGGCUGCGCGGCGGCGGAACGCGCGAAAAUUCCAAACCGGGGGCGCGAGCGGGACGGCGGGCAUCGUGAAAUGGCCCAGGACACUACAGUGCCUAAAUUGAAUUUCAAAUUUUGGUUGGAUAAAGCUAUUGAGUGGGGUCAGGCCAACACUUUGGAAUCCCAGAAAGAUGUCUGUCUUCAUUUGCCCCAGUUGCAGGAGUUUCUGCUUCAGACUUAUGAAACUCUCAAACAAAUGAAUUCAAUUGUAGCAAUUCAGCAGUUCCCUUUAAUUGGCCAGUUACUAGGAAGGCUUUGUUGGAAUCCUUUUGUUAUAGGAUAUGGUGAAAGCCAGAAGACUCUGAUGUGGUGCUUAUGUUGUCUGUACAGCAGUGAACCACAGAGCCCUGUAGAAUUGAAGGCCAACAGCUGGAUACGAAACUUACUGUGCCAUCUCCUUUCUUCUUCUAAAUGGGAAAAAAACGAGGCUGAAACCAGUACGUUCAUAUCAGCUCUUGGCUACACAUCAGCAGAUUAUUAUUGUCACUUGGUUGAAAAUAUCGUCUCUUCAUUAGUAACGGAACUCAGAGGAAGUCAAUUUAGUGAACUUAACAUUCAGGGGAGAAUUUCAGUCAGUUGUGUGAAUGCUGUGUCCCUUUUCUGUCUCCCACUUAUUACUUUGCCUGAUUUAACUCCAUUGCUGGAAACUCUUCUUGUUUACCAUGGGGGAGCAUCGAAAGAAAUUCUCAGCUCAGAGUUCUUGGAGGCUGUGAAUGAUGCCUUUUUAAAGAAGAAGAUCUCCCUUUCCGAAUCAGCUAUCUUCAGCCUCUGGCAUCGUCACUUACCAAGCCUUGAAAAUGCUACAUUAAGUCUUUUUGACCAGCUGAUAUCCCUUCAGAUAAAUUCUUUGGAAAAAGUGGCUUGUGUCAUAAAAGAUUCACGUCUGACACAAGCUGCAAGCCACCCUGCCAUUUUUAGAAUUGUUAACGAAAUCUUCAAGAAUGUGCUGUUGGAAACUGAUGGAGCUCCUGAAGUUAUGACCAUAAUACAAGUAUUUAUACAGCUCUUCAUUCAGGUUCAGCAGAAUGAAAACAAGCAGCAUAAAUUUCCUCUGAAGGCCUACUUCCCUCACCAUCACCAGCCUCUUGUAAUAGCUUUACUAAGACGCCCUUUUGAAUUGCCAUCUACACACUGGCUGCAGCAUUUGAAACAUAUUUCAGAUAUGCUCAAGUCUAUAGUAGAAGAUACAAACAUUAGCUCUUUUGCUGACCUUUAUGAAAUCUGGUUUUUGGUUGCUUGUUUUGGAGAAUGGCUGGAUAUUGCAGCAGAACAAUUAAUGAAAGCAGCUGUAGCCCCAGAUGCUUUGCUGUGGCUGUUGUCUUUCUACUACUGUCCUGAGAAUGAAGACCAACAAAGGACUCAAACAAUGGUAGAAUCUCGAGCAGUCUACAGUCAUCUAAUGAUGUUCUACAACCGUACUGUCCUUUCAUUUGGAGAGCUGCAGGCUUCUGUGAACAGUAUAGCAGAUACAGAACAGUAUCAUACCCAGUGUCUAAUAACACAUCUUCUCACCAACUUUUUACUCUUUUCUUCUGGAGGACACAUGAUUGCACAGGAAUUUAUUUCCCAUAUUACUGAGACAACUGACAUGAGCAAGGAAGUUAGUAGCCUUCUUAUCCGUACUGCAUACAGAAUUAAACCUAAUGGAGGAGAAAACCAAAGGACCGUGAAGCUGUUGAAUGAACUUCUUCAGAAACUAGCAUUGGAAGUUUAGGUUUUCAGUGUUGUUUCUGUCCAGUCAAUAAGUUAGAUCUUUAUGUGUCUGCCUUUCAUGAAAGUCCUGCUCUGCAGGUUAGCAAGGGUAGAUAAAAAAUCUCGUUCCUGAGGAUAUCCCGUAACCUUUUCUUCCCCUGCACUGUUUAGAAAUGUAAACCGUGAGGACAAAAAGAAUUAAAGAUGGUUGAAAACUUUGUUCUGAGCUCCUUCUUUUACAAAAAACCUAUGUCGUUUAAAUCAGUUUACUCAUGUUCUUGUUUAUCUGGCUGCCGAUUAGUUUUUUUCCCAAAUUACUCAUGGCUUUAUGAGCAAUUUUAUCCAAUUGUUUGGUUGGUAAGUUGUUUCUAAAAUGUAUUGUUCUAUAAUUCUGCUUUUGUGUGGCUAAUGAUGAUCUCAAGCGAGAGUUAAUGAUUCAUGAUGAGUGCACUCCAUGUUCUCAGGAAAUCAACAGUGUUUCCUGAACUUGUUAAUUCUUUUUGAAAACAUUUCCAAAACAAAGCUCCUUUCAUGUUUGUUAUAUGAUUAUUUAACACUGCUGCAGUUUUCACAGGACAAUGUUCUCUGCAAUGUACAAUGCCAAUAGCUGGUCUCCAUCAGCAACUGCAGCAAAGAAGUUUCUGUCAGCCUAUUUUUCACAAAGCAAUCUUUUUUUUCAUGCAGACAAAAUAGGGCAAGUUAUAGUUAUCAGGAAACUCCUAUUUGAGGCCUAAAUUUCCUAAA